CUUUAAAGCCAAGAAAUAGGGAGAAAAACUUUUCUCCCCCUGAACUGAGACCAUUUCACAAAUUGAAGGGCAGCCAACAGCAUAUGCUUUUUGCCAAAAUAAUUGAAAACAUCAACUGGAGAGCACAUAAUUCUUUUGAAAGUCCACCAGUUAUUUGAAGUAACUUUGGCAGAAGAACAAAAUAAAACACUCAAUAUUUUAACCUUUAUGGUUGCCUUCUUAGAAGUUGGUUUCUAAUUUGGUUUUUAGUUAUUCUGAUACAAUUUUUAUUGUAUGAUUGGCUUUUUGUUUGACUAGACCUAAUUUGACUUCAAUGAAAACCUAAGUGCUAACGAAGAAAUAUUUCACCAAAGCAAUCUGUGAUCUCUUUACAUUUAGCUUGAAUUCAUUUUUAAUAUUUUAACAACAGCAGUAAUACUGUCUUAGAAAGGGUGCACUUGAUUUUAUUUUGCUUUCAAUAUGACGGCUGUCAAUGUUGCCCUGGUUCGUGAUACCAAGUGGCUGACUUUAGAAGUCUGUAGAGAAUUUCAGAGAGGAACCUGUUCUCGAGCUGAUGCAGACUGCAAGUUUGCCCAUCCACCAAGAGAUUGCCAUGUGGAAAAUGGCCGUGUGGUGGCUUGUUUUGAUUCUUUAAAGGGUCGAUGUGCUAGAGAGAAUUGCAAGUACCUUCACCCUCCUCCACACUUAAAAACGCAGCUGGAAAUUAAUGGACGGAACAAUCUGAUUCAACAAAAGACUGCCGCAGCCAUGUUUGCCCAGCAGAUGCAGUUUAUGCUCCAAAAUGCUCAAAUGUCAUCACUUACUGCCUUUCCUAUGACUCCAUCACUUGCAGCUAAUCCUACCAUGGCUUUCAAUCCUUACUUAACUCAUCCUGGGAUGGGCCUGGUUCCUGCUGAACUUUUACCAAACACACCUCUUCUGUUUCCUGGAAACCCGCCUCUCACAUUGCCAGGAGCUGCUGGUCCAAAACCGAUGCGUUCAGAUAAACUGGAGGUUUGCCGAGAAUUUCAGCGUGGAAAUUGUACACGUGGUGAGAACGAUUGUCGCUAUGCUCAUCCUACUGAUGUUUCUAUGAUUGAGGCAAGUGAUAAUACUGUGACCAUCUGCAUGGAUUACAUCAAAGGCCGAUGCUCCCGGGAGAAAUGCAAGUACUUUCAUCCUCCCACACACUUGCAAGCCAAACUCAAGGCAGCUCAUCACCAGAUGAACCACUCAGCUGCCACUGGGAUGGCCCUACAGCCUGGUGCAUUUCAACUGAUACCAAAGAGAUCGGCACUUGAAAAGACUAAUGGUGCCAUCCCGCUCUUUAAUCCCAGUGUUUUCCACUGCCAACAGGCUCUGACUAACCUGCAGCUCCCGCAGCCAGCCUUUAUCCCUACAGGGCAAAUACUGUGCAUGGCACCUCCUUCAAGUAUUGUGCCCAUGAUGCACGGUGCUACACCUACCACUGUGUCUGCAGCAACAACACCUGCCACCAGUGUUCCCUUCGCUGCAACAGCUACAGGCAAUCAGAUACCAGCAUUAUCAAUAGAUGAACUGAACAGUAGCAUGUUUGUUUCACAGAUGUAGAAGUUACCAAUAGAACAUUGAAAUUCUGAACAACAGAGUUAUGGAGUAUCAGAAUCUUUCCAUGAGAACCUCCAUAUGGCCUUUCUAUAUGUAGUAUUGUACGUCCUCUUCUACCAACACAACAAUAAGCAUGAUGCAGUCAAUAUAUUAAACAACCAAAAAUACCAGCCAACAAAUUAAAAAGAAAGCAUUAAACAAUCAAUGGAGAUGUCAAAACAAAACAUGAAUAGAAAACGAACUACCAUCUAUCUUAUUUGAAUUAUUAGGUAGAACACUACUAUAAAAUUUUGUAAUUUGUCACACUGUUCUUUGUGAUUUUCUAAUAACUAUUAGGCUGAGUAAAUCUUCACAGUGGAUUUUUGGCUUACUGUGCAUUCUUGGUGGGUAAUGUUCAUCUGUUUUGAAGUGCUGUUACCUUACUGUUUUGUUUACACAGUAGCCUAUUAGGUUGAUUUAAAAGGUAAAAAUUAUACCAAAUACCAUUUUCCUCAUUAAUGUAUUGUACUGUAUUGUGGUAUAUUGUGUUGUGUUAGAUUUUUACAUACUACAGAGUUUUGCUGUAAUAUCUGUGGUCUUUGGUUUCAACUAAAAUGUUACUGAUGGGAAACAGAAAUAUGUGUGCUUAAAAAAUAUGACAGGUUAAUGUUAAUAUGCUUUCUCUGUUUAGAAAAUUUCUGUAGGUUUCUUGGGGCAGACAUUUUAAAAGCCUUACUUUUGAGUGUUCACAAAACCUGUUCAUAAACAUGCAUGUGAAUAAUUUAUACUUGCAGAUCUGACCUUGCAUAAUAUGAUCACAUUAGUACAUUAUUUGUGAGAGAGACAUAAUUACCUGCAAAAAACAAACAAAACAAAACAAGAAAAACAGGGAACUGCUUAAAACAUUAACCCCUAAUUUCACUCUUUAAUUGGCUUAUAAAACUAGAAUUUACCUUUAAAUGAAUCUUUCAGCAUUUAUAUUAAAAAAUAUGUAAAGUGCCCAUUAUAUGUUUUAUGGUUCAAGGAUCCUAUCUCCUAGGUUGAUUGUCUAAAACAGCCAUUUGUCAUCUUCAGUUGAAAAAUUGGUACUUGGAGACUUAAAGAUAUGCUAAUUACAGGUAAUAAAUUAAACGGGGAUAUGGGGACAUGGAGAUACUUUUUACACAUUGGAGAAAAGCCUGUAAAAAUCAUUGGAUUGCUACCUUUUACACAAGAGCCAUUUCUGAAUGCAAAUGUCUUAUGCUCUUUAUAAUAAGUAAGGUGCAAUCUAGCAAAAGUCUGUCAGGGUGAAAGAGAAUUAGUUCCAAGUGAGGCCUUUCCUCCCCAAAUGGACAAUCUUUUCUAUUGAUCACAGUUGGAACCUGAGUAUAGGAUUAGAGAAAUGGCGGGGGUGGGAAGGACAAUGGAAAGACAUUUAAAAUUAUUCUUUGAUUUAUUUAAAAGUUCUAGGAAGGAUGUCCACAGUUGGCUAGUUCAGCUGAGUUUUCAGUUUUAUUAAACAUUUCAGUGAAGUAGCAGUAGCCUGUGAUAUAUGUUAAGUGUUGCUUUCCCAAAACUUUAUUAAGAAGAGUCUCUCUCAUCAAAACCAAUAUUGAUUUGGAUUCGUUUGUUUUUAUAUGUAUUUGAAAAUUAUAACAGAGAGGUGUUUAAGACCCUUUGGAUGAGAUAGAGUGGCUGCACUCCACAGACCUGAACUGAAUUCACAUUACUAAUUUUUAUGAAAUAAAUUUAUAACCAAGUAAAA